AUGACCAAAGACUGGCGUAGUCUUCGAGCGGAUGUCCAUCAACUUUACUGCAAAGAGAACCAAAAACUCAAAGAUUUGAUGAGGAUAAUCGAGGCUCGUCAUGACUUCAAAGCGUCGGAGCGGUCAUAUCACAACCAGCUACGCAAAUGGGGCUAUAUGAAGUACAAACUUCAUGAUGGUCAACGAUCAAGUGACAAAGCUCGCUCCCCUUCACUCGCUCGUUCUUCUACCGCCACCGUAGACGAACCUCUAGGAGGCUUCCUUCCAGUCGUGUCGAGCUCAGCAAUGGAAACGAGGUGA